GUUUCUUUUAUCUGAUGGAUCCAACAGAAACAAAACUAGCAUGAGAUGCCUACGUAACACACGUUGCCAGCAAUUGUACUAAAUACUUCACUGGUUGCUCAGUUCCCCUGCCUGUCUUUGUUGCUAUGGGAGAUUGGAAGACUCUUACUGUGCCAGUGCUGUCAUCAGAUAGCAAAAAUAUUUUUCAAUAUACCUCAGAAAAAAAGGUAUCUCCUCCAAGCAUGAACUCACAAGUGCUACGCUUGCCACUGCCUUCAUCCAAAAGCAUGCACAGCUUUUUCAGUGCCUUCUGCACAGAAGAGAAUAUUGAACAGAGUAUAUCCUAUCUCAAUAGGGAAUUGACAACAUUGGGCUUUCCUUCUAUUUAUGCGGAGUCCAAAGGAAAAGAAUUAAAUUUAAUAUCUAUCAUAAAUUGCAUGAAUGAAUUGCUUGUACUGCAGCACAAGAACCUUCGAGCUCAGGAAGAAGUAGAAAUGCAGCAUCUGAAACUGGGUAGUGAUAUGGACCACUUACAGAACUGCUAUGCUAAAUUAAAGGAACAGUUGGAAUUAUCUAAAAGGGAAAUAGUUGGACUUCAGGAAAGAGACAGACAACUGCAAAGCAAGAACAGAAAUUUGCACCAGUUACUUAAAAAUGAAAAGGAUGAAGUACAGAAGUUACAGAACAUAAUUUCAAGUAGAGCUACACAGUACAAUCAUGAUAUGAAGAGGAAAGAGAGAGAAUAUAACAAAUUAAAGGAACGCUUGCAUCAGUUAGUCAUGAACAAAAAGGACAAAAAGAUAGCUAUGGAAGUUCUAAAUUAUGUUGGUAGAGCUGAUGGGAAGAGAGGUGCAUGGAGGACUGAUAAGACAGAAGCCAGAAAUGAAGAAGAAAUGUACAAAGUUCUGCUAAGUGAUUAUGAACAACGCCAAAAACAGCUUUUAGUGGAAAAUGCUGAGCUGAAAAAAGUUCUUCAGCAAAUGAAGAAAGAGAUUAUUUCACUUCUCCCACCACAGAAACAGAAACCGAAGGAAAGGUCUGAAGAUGGGCCAGUGCUGUCAGACCUGGAGGAAGAUAUUGGAGAGUUAAAUAAAGAGAAUAUGUGGGAACUGUCUUGUGAAACUGUGCGAGAGCAGCUUACCAACAGCAUUAGAAAACAAUGGAGAAUGUUGAAAAAUCAUGUUGAAAGGCUGGAUAACCAAGUGUCACGUGUACAUUCAGGAGCUUUGAAUGAAAAAGAUGUCAUUUCAAGAGAAGACCAUGAGCUGGAAACUGAAAAGCUAGAGUUAGAGAUUCAGCAAUGUAAAGAAAUGAUCAAAACUCAGCAGCAGCUCUUACAGCAGCAGCUUAUGUCUCCAUGUGACGAUGACACCACUCUGUUACUACAGGACUGCUAUUUGUUGGAAGAAAGAGAGCGUCUUCAGGAAGAAUGGAGACUAUUUCGAGAACAAAAAAAGAAUUUUGAGAAGGAACGAAGAAGUUUUACAGAAGCUGCUAUUAGAUUAGGACUUGAGAGAAAGGCAUUUGAAGAAGAUAGAGGAGCGUGGCUGAAGCAACAGUUCUUAAGUAUGUGUACUGAUUACAAGCACUCUGAAAAUGUGACAACUCCAAGUGCCUUCUUAGGAAGUUCUGACCAAGACAAUCGGUUAGUGAAAUCCACAUCUCAGCAAAGAAAACCUCACUGUAUGUUGAGUGGUCCUGUUUCAGCAGAACCUUGCCAGACAUCUCAGCAUAUUACAUGUAACAGUUCCAGUGCUGCAUCAAAAAAACCUGCUGGAGACAGCAAGCCAAAUCAGUGGGUGGAAAGUGACAAAGAAGAAACCGAGUAACGCACAAAGUCAUGGGAAGACUCUGGAGUUGGCACUCUGCUAUGUAGAAACUUGCACAUAGAACAACUGCCUUAGACUUCCUAGGGUUGCCUGCUGGGUUUUUUGUUAGAAAUUUGUUCAUAAACUUAUCAUUCUAAAGUGAAGCAGAAUGCUGUGAGUUUGAUCAUUCUUCUAGAGGAUUAUGUGGUGAUCUGAAUUGUGGCGUGUGUGUGUAUGUGCGUGCACAUGGCUU